AUGCGAAGCACCCAACUUAGUGAAAGUGUGAAUGCUGAUAUUAAAAGUUUUAUCAAUGUGAAUUUCGAUCUUAUCAAGUUUUUUAAUCGUUUUGAGGAUGUUGUAGAAGAAAAAUGGUAUAAUGAAUUGAAGUGUGAAUAUGAAGCACGUCAAAAAAUUCUAAGACUCAAGAACCCAUAUUCUGAUAUCUUGAAACAAGUGUCUGAGCUUUAUACUCCUACUAUUUUUGAGUUAUUCCAACAUGAGUAUGAGUUGUUUGAAGCAUGUUCUGUUAAGAGCAUAAAUGUAAAAGCAUCAUUAGUUGAUUGUGUUAUUGCCAUGGUAAAGGAUUUGGGAGAAUGGAAAGUGUCAUUUGAUUUGGAUAAAAAGAUAAUUCAUUGCUCUUGUUGUAAAUUUGAGACAUUUGGCAUACUUUGUUGUCAUUGUCUAAGAGUCUUUAUUCAUAUGGAUGUUAAAUCAGUGCCUGAGCAAUAUAUCCUGAAAAGGUGGACAAAGUUAGCAAGAAGUGUGUCUUUACCUAAUGUUAGUGUUCGUCAUGUAGUAGAAGAUGCUCAAUUGACUUCAACACAACGUCGUAGAGACAUUUGUCCCCGUCUUAUGAGGAUAGUUGAUGAAGCAUGUAGGAGUCAAGAAACAUACACGUUGUUGAGCAAAGUUACUGAUUUAUUGGACAAGGAAAUGUUAGAGUUUCAAAAUAAACAAGUAAGUAAUACUCAAGUUAAUGAGUUCCUUAGUAAUGUUAUAGAGAUUGCAAGAAACAAUGAUGGUUCAACACAAGUAAAGGGGUUCAAGAAAAAAGAAGGUAGAAAAGGUUCAAAGCGUUUGAAAGGUUGGGUAGAACGCCAACUUAGUAAACGAAAGAAAAAGGGUGACUCAAGUGCUUCACAAGAUCAAGAUCUUACUAAGAAUAAUGAGAGUAAACAAGGUUCAAAAUUUGUGAAGGAGAGGAUAGAGUACAAUUUAGAAAUGCCUAAUAUAAGUGCAUCCACGUGGCUUAAUGAUGCAUACAAACAACAACAAUCUAUGGAAAUCAAUGAUAUUUCAAGUCAAGUUAGUGAUACUAGUUUUACUAGUUUAUUGAUGGCACCACUUGAUGGGGAUAUCACAACUUUGACCAAUCCAUAG